AUUAAAUAUAAAUUAAUGAGUUUCCCUGAUUAUAUAGACUAACUUAAUUACGAUUCAAAUUCAAGUGAUUUGUAAUUCGAACAAGACGAGUAACCUAGCAAAAGGUAAAAUAAUAGCUCCAAGAAUAAAAAGCAAAGACCAAACACAAAAAACACAUAUAUAAACAAGAUAUCUUCCUUGAUUAAGAUUACUAAUUAAGAGUAGCAAUCGGAUGAAAAGUAAAGCCAAAUAAAAUGUUAAUAGAGUCGGCAAAAGACAAGUUCCUAGUAAGAUCUAAAGCUAACUCAUUGUUGGAAGUUCUAAUUGUGAUAAAGAAGACAAGUUAGCCAAAAAUAGAGAAUCGGCGAGAAAUAGUAGAAAAAGAAAGAAAAUCUACCUAGAACUACUUGAAACUAAGGUCACUAAAUUAUCUGAGCAAUUAGAAAUUUUUAAAAGAGUAAAUGAAUAAACAACGGAAUUGGCAACAAAUUUGCAAAACAAAAUACAUCAUGUAACAGAAUAUUAAUGUUAGAAAUAAGAUUAGGAUUAGAAUAAAAUAACAUUGUUUUAGAAUUUACAAAACUCAGUUCAAAGUAAUAUUAAUGAAAUGAAUAUCGACACAAUCAUAGAAUCUCUGAAUGUAAUUAAUUUUCAAAUAUGAAUAAAGAAAAAAUUCGGAUCAGGAGCCUUAGAAAGACAACAAUAAAUAGAUCAUUACGCUCGUCAAAUAUAUGAGAAUUGUCUCUCUCCCUAUUUAAAUUACGUUAUUGGAGUAGCUAAAACAGAUUAGGAUGUUUUCUCAACUUCUGAGGUUUAGUCUGAACAUGGUGUAUUAAGGAGUUUAAAAUUAACAGAUAAGUAAAAGCAAAUACUUUAAAAAAAGUAGAAAAAAUUGCUCAGAUUUUAAAAUGAAUUGACUAAGUAUUUUCGAAUUAUUCAAUAUUAUAGUACUCUUUCUUCAUUUCAAGAUAUUAAAAAUUAAGUCUAACUUGAAUUAGGUGCUUAUGGGUAGACUCUAGAAUAAUUAAGAAAAGAGUUGAAACCAAGUCAAGUGGCCAAAUUUUUAUUAUAAAUUGAAAAAAAGGACAUGUAACAUCAAUUUAAGGAUUAAUUUGAGAAAUGUUUUGGCUCAGAACUUGAUGAAGAUGAUUCUUUAGAUCUUUAUUAAUUCAUGGCUGAACAUAAUUAUUGUAAUACACUUGGUAUUGAUAUACAAAAUACAUAUUAAAUUUACAAAUAGUCAAAUGAUUUCUUGAAAGGCAAAAUAGACGUAGAGGAAUCCUAAUAAGCAUCAACUAAAAUUGAGUGAAAUAAUAUUAUCUAGAAUGUAUUAUAUAACAAAAUCAACG